AGGCGAGGGAUAUCAUCAUGGAGAGUUCAUCAAAAGAAAACAGUCGCUUUUUCUCAUACAACAUGGUCCUGCCAGUUGACCGAUCCUCAUUCAAGUCCGAAUCUUCUGCAUCCAAGGAGCAACAGUCAUGUUGUGGAGGUAUAAAGAUAUUUCUUGGUGCGUUGUCUUUUGUUUAUUUUGCUAAAGCACUGUCAGGAAGUUAUCUAAAAAGUACUAUCACACAAAUAGAAAGAAGAUUUGAUAUCCCCUCCUCUUUGGUUGGCGUUAUUGAUGGCAGUUUUGAAAUUGGGAACCUCCUAAUCAUAAUUCUUGUAAGCUACUUUGGAGCGAAGCUUCACAGGCCAAGAAUAAUUGGAGCAGGCUGCUUGAUUAUGUCAGCUGGAACAUUCCUAAUUGCGAUGCCCCAGUUCUUCAUGGGACGGUAUCGGUAUGAGAGAUUCACUUCCACCGUCAACUCCACUGCUAGCGUCUCUCCCUGUCUGCAGAAUAAAAGCCAAACUCCACUCUCAUCCCUGGAAAAGUCACAGGCGAAAAUAAAUGCAGGAUGUGAAAAAGAAGCAGGUUCUUCCAUGUGGGUCUAUGUCUUGCUGGGAAAUCUGUUGCGUGGAAUUGGUGAAACUCCUAUCCAGCCUCUGGGAAUUACAUACAUUGAUGAUUAUGCCAUUGAAGAAAAUGCUGCCUUAUACAUUGGCUGUGUGCAGACGGUUGCAAUUAUAGGACCAAUAUUUGGCUUUCUUCUAGGAUCUCUAUGUGCCAAACUUUAUGUUGACAUCGGCUUUGUAGAUCUGGACAGUGUAACAAUAACUCACAAGGACGUGCAGUGGGUGGGAGCCUGGUGGCUGGGUUACUUAAUAGCAGGUGCAGUUAGUGUUCUGGCUGGCAUCCCCUUCUGGUUCCUGCCAAAGCACCUCCCGAAGCCAGAGCGAAGAAAGGACUCCAGUACCUCUUCUGAGCAGUCAAAGUUCAUCACUGAGGAGAGCAAAGACCAACACAAAUUGUAUCAGCAACAAAUGAAGAUCACUGAGAUGGCAAAAGACUUCUUGCCAUCACUGAAAAGCCUCUUUGGGAAUCCAGUUUACAUUCUGUAUUUGUGCGCAAGUAUCGUUCAGUUCAAUUCUUUAAUUGGCAUGGUGACGUAUAAGCCAAAGUAUAUUGAGCAACAGUAUGGGCAAACGUCUUCAAAAACUAAUUUUCUUAUAGGUCUUAUCAAUGUUCCUGCUGUGGCUUUUGGCAUAUUCUCUGGAGGACUCAUCAUGAAAAAAUGUAGAAUCGGUGUUUUAGGUGCUGCAAAGCUGUCCUUGGGCUCAUCUUUCUUUGGCUACCUUUUGCUCCUCUCGCUAUUUGCAAUGGGCUGCAAGAAUUCAGAUGUGGCUGGGCUGACCGUAUCGUACCACGGAACUGAACAGAUGACCGAUUAUGAGCAAUCCCUGUUUUCAGAGUGCAACUCGGGCUGCGCCUGCUCCAACAAUGACUGGGACCCCAUCUGCGGGGAAAAUGGAGUUACCUACAUUUCCGCUUGUCUUGCUGGCUGUCACGCAUCCAACGGCAGCGGGAAAGACACUGUAUUUUUUAACUGCAGCUGUGUGGGACCCUUGGAAUCUCCGUCACAAAGCUCCUCAGCUGUGGUGGGACCGUGUCAAAAAGGAAAUGAGUGCCCAGAAAUGUUUCUGUAUUUUCUGGUAAUAUCAGUUAUCACUUCAUACACUUUGUCAGUUGGUGGCACACCUGGAUACAUUCUGCUUCUAAGGUGCAUUAAACCACACUUGAAAUCAUUUGCACUUGGUAUCUACACCCUGGCAGUAAGAGUACUGGCGGGAAUUCCAGCCCCAGUGUAUUUUGGAGUGGCCAUAGAUACCACCUGCCUGAAAUGGGGAAGCAAAAGAUGUGGGGGAAAAGGAGCAUGCAGACUAUAUGACUCCAGUGCACUCAGGUAUGUGUAUCUGGGGCUGACUUUGAUGUUGGGCACGGUGUCCAUUUUCUUCAGUGUUGCUGUUCUUUGGGUUCUCCGGAAAAGGUCUUCUUCACAUGAUGAGACCCUCUCAACCAACGUGGAGAGAGGCACCUGUGGGACAAAGAGCAAGGCAGAUAAUAGUGUCAAUAGUGGUCAUCUAAUUCAGACAACUUACUGGCCAGAAAAGGAGACUAGACUUUAGGAAGACUGAGAUCUCACCGUGGCUUUACCCAGUGAGUGGUGCUCCAGGCAAAAAUCUAUCACCAGUGAAGAGAUAUUUUAGUAUCCACCCUGAAAACAUCCACUUUCAUGUAAUUUUCACUGUAAACAGCAAAGACAAUUGUUUUAGCACAUGUACAGCUCUGAAAAUACUGCUCACCGUUAUGUCCUACCAAGUCAGUGCCAGUCCAGUUAGAGGAUUUGUCAUGGCUGGAAAGGUGCACCUUACUUCAACACCAAGAAACCUGUUUUAUGGCUGCCCCUCAGGUCCAUCCCUCCUCAUCAAGCUGCUGCCACUGCAGCCCUGAAGCUUCCUUCUGUAUGUGGAGUCUGCUGUGCAGCUCUGUCCACCGUGGUGGCAGACCAAGAGGAUCUGGAGCACAAAACCUGACUUGGCCAUCUGAAAGUUCCAGAGAUCUUCUGCACAUAGCUCACCCUGGCAAGCAGUGCAGUACAGGGUAGAGGGAAGGUGGUGUGCUGAAAGAGCAUCUUACGAAUUCAACCCAUAACACUUAGGAAAUUAAAUGAUGUGGGAUUCUCUUUCAAGUAGUUCUGUGAUAGCAAAACAAUAACAGCAAUAGAAGUUAUCAUUGCAGUUAGAGCACAAUAGUAUUGUCCAAAGGAAAAUGGAAUAAAAAUAGAGCUUCUUUACCUUUACAUCAGUUUCUUGCUGCUUGCUAGUACUCAGUAUACUAUAAUUCCACACAUUUUGUGCAAUGUACUAAUACCAUUAUACAAGUUAAAUAUGAUUUAUUUUUGAAAAAGCUAUGACAAACAAGUUUGGGAACAAUAAAAUUAAUU